CGUUACUCUGGCGAUCUCGUAGAUGGCGACAUUAACUCUUUAACACUACAGCACAACUUCAAAUUUGGAAGUGUUUUUACGACCGAACGGAGACGUCGGAAAGACGGUUCUUGAAGGUUCGCUGGUGAAAAAUGUGUUAAGAUUAAAUGUGUAGUAACGGGACAGCCUGCUAACGGUUCUUCUGCCUGCAUUCGUGCAUGUGAAACGCAUGACACAGCACUCCUGGCUUUGAAAAAGUCGCAGCAUCAGUGUCCUGCAGGGGCAGAAUACACCCGAAUACACCCCGCUGCAGUCUGCAGAGCAUCCGCACUCACAGCAGGCUUGGUGGUCUCCUAAAGCUACUCAGUAUAUUCUGGAAAAAAGGCGACACAGGUCAGCUGUCGUUUCCCUGUCAGCAUCAGGAUGGCUCAUGAAGAAAAGAACCCGCUGCCUCCAGCAGGGACCCUCUCUGAGGGACAGCGACAGUCCCUCUUUAAGAUGGAGCCCAAGACUCUAGGGGCAAUCCAGAUUGUUAUCGGGAUUUUGAUCCUUUGUCUGAGCGCGUCUGUGCUCCAGGUUCACGAAGUCCACUUUACCGGAGAUGUGGCUCUGUUCCUCAUCGUUGUCAUACAGGUGACUGUGUCUGGGUCAGUGCUGGUCCACAGUGGGAGGAGACCUACUCUUUUCUGGGUGAAAUGUGUCCUGGUGCUUCAUCUCAUCAGUGCUGCGUUUGCCACCGCUGCCCUGGGUCUAAUGUCCAAGCACCUCCCCUACCGCCAGGACUCUUACCACUGUGAACACUGCCGUAAACUGGAGCUACAUGCUGUGCAACAUUGUUUCAGGAAAUGCACCGGGCUGAUCGAGCAAAAGUGUAAACUAUUGAUUGAUGGUAUUCUGGGAACACUGGUUAUAUUCCUGGUGCUUGAGCUGCUAAUCUGCAUCACUGCCAUGCUGUUUGGUCUCAGCGUCCUAGCUGCUGGUGGCAGCCAGGCCCCCAGUGAGAGACCCGUCUAUCCACAAACUCGCCCCCCACCUGUCCCAGCUAUGGAGACUGUUCAGGCCGUUCAGUCUGCUCGAGCUGCUGCUGAGCCAACUCAGCAGGUGGCUGUAGUUGUGACAGAACCUGAUUCAGAGCAGGUAGAGGACAUCUCCACCCCACCCACUGAACCCCAGGUGGAGCCAAUAGAAACCACAGAACCCUGAACUCAGCACACAGAGCUCACAGUGGUGUCAUGUCAGUCACAAGAGACAGCUUACAUCUGAGUGUCAACAGGGAAGCCAUAUUCCGUAUGUUAUGCGUUUGGAAAAUAAAUGUGAAUGUUUAACAAGUUUCUGGCAUGUUUGAUCACAGCAUCAGUGUUAGUGCUGCUGUCCCUACAGUAUACUAUGGUGUAGUUGUGAAAUGGAACAGUUUUAUUACUAAUGUUGACAUGGUAGCACUUUAUAAUAAUGUCACACUAUUAAGCCUUAUUAAGGUAUUAACAAGUGAGUAAUUCAUCAUUUACACAGCAUUACUGCGCCGUAGUAUGCCAUUUAUACUUCUAUCAAUAUCAAAACGCUACAUGACUUAGUAGAUUAAUAAAGUUGUGAAAUAUAAAGAACAGAAUUGGUCGAUAUUAUAAAAGCAGCGAUUUUAGCCCACUGUCAGUAAUACUGUGUUCGACUGCCCCAGCACUCUCAUCCUGCUUGUAACUCAGGGUUUCUCUCAUCAGCUGCUGACGUGUAAGCCUCUUACUUACUUAUGCACUGAAAUGUUCUCCAAUGAGAACUCAAAGAGAGAAAUAUCUCUAAAAAUAUAACGGUCAUAAUGCUGUUCUCAUCAUUGUUUAUUGUUUUUGGCAAAUUAGGGACAAAGAUGAGGUUUUCAUAAAAUCCGAGCAGUUGGAACUCAAGUCGUUAAAUCCACAGGACACAUAUGUGUAUCUCCACAGUUAUUUUAGCAGAUCAAACCUAUCUGACACUGCUUUCAUGUAUGGCUUCUUAGUCCUGUUGUCAUUCUUUGUUCAAACCACUAUAAUAUAGAAUUAAUUGUAAAUGAAUGUAUGAAAACUUUAAUCUCACUGAAAAUAAAAUUACUGCUGCACAGAUAAAUCGCUCUCUAAAGCUUAGCUUGAAAUGUUGAAUUGUUACUAAUGAUUUUUUUUUUUAGCACAAAUCUGCUGAAUCCAAAGCGGGGUUGUUCUGUCGAGUCUACAGAUUGUAUAUUAAUGGAAUAUUAACCACAGCCUUGUCUUUUUUUUCUAUAUAAUUUUUAGAUCAUUGUGAAUCUUCCUUAGCAUGCACACAUAAGGCCACAUUCAAUUCUGCUAAAUAAAGUCAAGCUUUGUUUUA